GUCAGAGCUUUCUAAUGGAGACUCCGCCCCUGAGCUUUGACAAGCCUGGCCCCGCGCUGUCAGCCACAGUUAGACGUGUUGCUUUAAGUCCCAGUGGACGGAGUUCACUCUGACAAACACCAGCAGAGAAGUGCAGAGGACCUGCAGCUGCACACAAACAGGGGGACAGUUUCCCAAAGAGGUGCGAGCUGAUCGGACACUGUGGAUAAAACAGCAUUGGUUAAAAGGUUUCCAGUGUCACGCGCGACUCCAUGUCCAGGAGAAGAGAGGGAAAUUAAGUCAGAGGAACAAAAACAAAGUCCUCUCCUGUAUAUGGACACAGUGAAGAACUCGUAAAGGACACAUAUUUUUUUUAGACUACACCCUGCGUCCUCUGCUUGGAUAUCCGUUUAAAGUGCGCUACAGAGAUGGAUGUGGCGGCUGAUCAGCCCCGCUGGAUGCAUCACCACGCCGUGCUCAACGGCCAGCACCCGGACUCUCACCACCACGGCCUGGGGCACAACUACAUGGAGCCCACGGCGCAGCUGCUGCCUCCGGAUGAGGUGGAUGUUUUCUUUAAUCACCUGGACUCACAGGGGAACCCGUACUACCACAACUCUGCCAGGGCCAGAGUGUCCUACAGCCAAGCGCAUGCUCGUCUGACGGGGUCUCAGGUCUGCCGGCCUCAUCUCAUCCACAGCCCGGGGAUUUCAUGGCUGGACGGAGGGAAAGCAGCCCUGUCUGCUCACCACCACAACGCCUGGGCCGUGAGCCCCUUCAGCAAGCCCAGCCUGCACCACCCGGGCUCCGCGUCCCCCGGCGGCCUCUCCGCGGUCUACCCGUGCAGCAGCGACUCGAACGCGGUGUCCGCAUCCUCGUUAACGCCGUCAUCCCACUCCAGCCCGCAUCUGUAUGCUUUCCCCCCUACCCCGCCGAAGGACGUGUCCCCGGACCCAGGGGCCGCGUCCCCUCCCGCCACCAGGAUGGACGAGAAGGAAUCAGUGAAAUACCAAGUGUCGUUAUCCGAGGGAAUGAUGAAGAUGGAGGGCUCCAGCCCGCUGAGGAGCAGCCUGGCCUCCAUGAGCGCCCAGACUCCCUCCACCCACCAUCCCAUACCGACGUACCCCUACUCUCUCCCAGCGGCGCACGAGUACGGCAGCAGUCUGUUUCACCCGGGCAGCCUGCUGGGAGCUUCAUCCAGCUUCAGCUCCAGGAACAAAGGCAAGACCCGGUCCUGCACCGAGGGCCGUGAGUGUGUGAACUGUGGAGCCACCUCCACACCUCUGUGGAGACGUGACAGCACCGGACACUACCUGUGCAACGCCUGCGGGCUCUACCACAAGAUGAACGGCCAGAACAGACCACUCAUCAAACCCAAACGCAGGCUGUCGGCUGCCAGACGAGCAGGCACCUGUUGUGCUAACUGUCAGACAACCACCACCACGCUCUGGCGGCGCAAUGCAAAUGGAGACCCGGUGUGCAACGCCUGCGGCCUCUACUAUAAACUGCAUAAUGUGAACCGGCCACUGACCAUGAAAAAGGAGGGAAUACAGACACGCAACCGAAAAAUGUCCAACAAAUCCAAAAAGAGCAAGCGGGGCUGCGACAGCUACGAGGAGUAUUCCAAAAGCCUACACGACAAGAGCUCUCCCUUCAGCUCUCUGGCCGGACACAUGUCCAUGGGCCACUUGCCGCAUUUUGGCCACACUGGACACAUGCUUCCCACGCCCACCCCGAUACACCCUUCGUUUGGGCACCCACACCACCACUCUAACAUGGUGACGGCGAUGGGCUGAGUGAGCGAGGAGAGGCGUUAACACGUCAGGACGCUGGGGGAACCUGUGUGAACGGGGGAUGAGGGUCUCACUGUGUGUACAAUGUUACAGACAUGCAGUUUGUGUGUCUUCAUCUUGAUUGUCUCUUGAUUGAUUAUGCCAAUGGUAUGUUGGAGAACAGAUGUAUUGUGGGAGGAAUUAUCGUGUUACUCCUUAUCUAUAGGUACCUAUUUUGAUGGUGGAAGACAGAGAGGGGUAUUCGGCCUCACGUCGGCCGGGCACUCAAAUGUAAACACAAAAAUGUCAUUGCACCUCAUAGUUUUGUCCCACUGACAGCCUGACUGACUGCAGUGUGGCCCAGUAUGUGCCGAACAGGUUUAUAGUAACUGUGAAUAUUGUAAAUGUGUGAGACCGAAGGGGACGUCCCCAUGAAGGGAAAUCCCGCUUCGCAACAUUAAAUGAAAAUAUGCUGGAUUUUUCUUUUGCUUAUGGACAAUUUUAAAAAGGAAUUUUCACAAAAGAAAGAAAGCAAAACAAAAAAGGUUUAUGAAUCCUAAUUUGACACUGUUUAUUAUAAUUAUUGUUAUUAUAAUUAUUAUUGUUAUUCAGAUAAUUUAUUUUCACUGCCUUUGUUUUUCUUUUACUAUAUCACCUAAAUCAUAAUAUGGAUACUGUUAUCCCAGUUAUGAAUAUAUUUUAUAGCUGAAGCGCUUUCUUUGAGCUGGUCAACAUUUAUACUCAUAAGAAAUAAAGAGAUCAAGUUCAUUAUCCCAUCUGCUCCUUCUAUUCAAUAAUCAAUAUGUAUGUCUCUGUAGUAAGAACAGAUACAGAAAUUAAUUGGGCUAAUUACUGGGACAUGGUAUCACACCCUCUUCAUGAACUCACCAUUAAACUU